GCUCUCCCGGUAAAGCCUCCCCUUCCUCAGGCCGCGGGGAAGAUGACGGCGGAGCGGGGUUACUGGAGCAGCCUGACGCCGCCGCAGAAAGCCGCGGUGGUCCUGGGGAUCCCGGCCGGCGCCGCCGUCCUCUACAUCCUGUACCGCAGGUACCGGGAGAGCCGAGAGGAGCGCCUGACCUUCGUGGGAGAUGAGGAGCUGGAAAUGGAGGUGCGAGUCCCCCGGGCGGCCGUGAAAUCCAUCAUCGGCCGGAAGGGAGCCACUAUCAAAAAGCUAAGCCAAGAGACGGGGGCUCGCAUCGACGUGGAGAGAGAGGACGAGGGCGAGGAGACGGUGCUGCUGAUCUCGGGCUCCCCCGGCCAAGUCUGCCGGGCGAAAGCCGCCGUCCACCAGAUCGUGACGGAGAGCGCCCCGGUGUCGGAGCAGCUCUGCGUGCCCCAGACAGCUGUCGGCAGGAUUAUCGGCCGGGGCGGCGAGACGGUGCGGGGCAUCUGCCGCAGCUCGGGGGCCAAAGUGCUCUGCGAGCGCGAGGCCGACGCCGGCCUGGCCCCCGUCAGGGUCAUCCAGCUCUCGGGGACGCGGAAGGAGGUGGCGGCUGCCAAGAAACUCAUCAUGGAGAAGCUGAUGGAAGACGACGCCUUCCGGAAGGAGCUGGCCCAGUCGACGGCGAUGCGGUGCCAGCGCAAGCAGCCCCUGGGCAGCCGACAGGAGCCGGAGCCACUCCCCAACGGGGCGCCGGAGCACGGGGAAGAGGACGGGGGCUCGUCCUGGGGCGAGGGCUCGCUCCUGGGCCGGGCUCCCUUUGAGGAGGCGGAGGAGCUGGAGGAUGAGAGUGAGGAGCUGGAGGAGCCGGCGGCAGGGCCUGACGCAGCGGUGCCGAAAUUUGAGGUUCCCAGCCCUGAUUUCAGCUUCCACGCCGACGAGCACCUGGAAGUUUAUGUCUCGGCCGCGGAAAACCCCAGCCACUUCUGGAUCCAGAUCAUCGGCCACCGCAGCCAGCACCCGGGGCAAGAACGGUUUUGGGGUCGGGAUUCAAUAAAGAGGAAUUCACCGCCGUCCCUCUCCGCUCCCUGCCGGGACGGGGCCCCGCUGCGGGUUUUCGUCCCUCCCCACGCGCUGAAGCUGCCGGAGGAGCCCAUCACCAGGUGGGGCGAGUACUGGUGCGACGUGACGGUGAACGGGCUGGAGACCGUCCGGGUGCCCAUGGCGGUGGUGAAGUUCCUGCGGCCCAAGACCAAGCGCUACAAGCACUGGCUGGCGCAGCAGCAGGCGCAGCUGGCGGCGCAGCGGGAGGCUCUGCUCUGA